ACUCAGUCCGGGCGAAUGCUUUAGGCAUCAUGGGCACCUUCUUGACCUCGAUACCGAGGUCCCGGCGCAAAUCAAUACUCCUCCUUUCACCUCUAGAAAAUGCCACGAAAAGCCCGCAUUCACUUUGUUUCUCUUCAUUCUUCGUUGGUUAACCUUCCCAUCUCAAUAUAUGGACCGCUUCUUGAGCGUAACAUCCGUCCCCAAAAUCUUGCCGUUCAUUUGACUCUUGUGCCUCCCAAUUCCACUGCGAUCAGGAAGGAGGCGUAUGUAGGAUGGACUGGCAUGGCUUCUGCGUCGUCUCUGGCCCAAUUCAACGUCUCAGAACCCACGGAAAAAGGUCUUGAAACAAUCGAGAUUGACCCACAGUACUCACAAAGCUUAGGAUUUGCUCAAGGAGAUAUUGUUGAAAUCGGCUUACUUCAUGACAUGGCUUUUGCAAAGUCUGUGGCGACCGAACCUUUGACCUCAGACGAUUGGGAGAUUAUUGAAAUCCAUGCAUCUCACGUAGAAUCUACUCUUCUCUCUCAAGUCCGCGUAGCGAAAGUAGGCCAGGAGAUCAAUGUGUGGGUGCUGGGCAGGACACGCGUCCGACUCAAGAUAGUAUCUCUUGCUCCCCAAGCCAAAAACGACGCACUUCUUCUAAGUACCAACACCGAAGUCUCCAUUUCACCUAAAUUGCAUGCCAAUAGACGCGUUCAUGCGAAAGAACCCGCGGUUAAUGGAACCGCCGAUGCUGUUGUUCCCAAGUCUAUACCACAGCCUUUCCAAAUCCUCAGAGUCCUUCCAAAUCAUGUCCUGUCAAAACCCUUAACCGCAUACAGUGGAUCCGAAGUGAUUGGAUAUGUGUCAUCCUCCACUUUAGCUCAAUUACUUCCAGCAAGUCGAAAUGUGGCAAAGCAACAUACAUGCUAUAAGGUAUCUCUUAAGCGUCUUGAGCCUCCUAUCAAUCCUGUUUCUACGCUACAAACACCAGAAACAGUCCCCGAAACGAAAGUAUUGAAUCCCAGCGAAAAGAUACACAACGUGGAAAACUCGGACAAUGCAGAGCGCAGUUACGUAUGCGGAAGAGUUGAGUUGAUUGGUGGACAUAUUGUCUUUCCUAGUCUUCCCGCCGGUAUAGAGCACUGGGAUCUCAUCAAAAUAGUGGCGGAUAGUUCCGCUGGAACCCUCACGAUUUCUGGUGAUAAUAACACCGAAACUUUAACUCCGCAUCCAGAAACGGCUGAAUUCCUUGCUGGAGUGGACGAUAUUCUCAAGCGAUGUGUCGAGUUCUGUGUAAGGAAAAUAGCUAUCCACAGUACCAAACUCUCUGUUCCAGGAGUAUCAUCCCUUCUCUUAACUGGACGAGCUGGGGUGGGCAAAACAUCUAUCGUCAAGACUGUGGCAAAGGCUUUACAGCAGAACCCCAAGACUUAUACCUACACUCAUUAUGUCGAUGUUUCCCCCUACGCCGACAAACCCAUUUCUGUCGUUAAACUGCUUUUCAGGUAUUGGCUAAAGACAGCUAUCUGGCAUAAACCCUCCAUUCUAGUGUUGGACAAUCUUCAUGAGCUGUUAGGAAUCGAAUCCGAGCAAAGUGAUUCAUUCCGAACACGUCAUGUAACUGAGUUAUUUCUGUCAAUGUUCUCUUCCUCAGCACGGUCUGCCUCGGUCAACUACCGUGGUAUAAUUCUACUGGCUACUGCACCAUCCUCUGCUGCUCUCCAUCCAUUGAUUGGUACUGCUCAUGUCUUUGAGGAAGUGGUCAAUGUGACUCCACCAAAUAAGGAUGCACGUAGAGAUAUCCUUGCGAAGAUUAUACACGAUCGUUUGGUUGCGGCAAAUGAUUUGGCUCAGUCAUCCGAAGCCCCAAUUAAUUUUACAUACCUGGCUACCCAAACCGAAGGUUACUCCGCCACAGACUUGCAAGACUUGGCUUCUAGAACCGUGCACCAAGUCACCAUGAGAUUGGCGAGCGAGAACAAACCACCUAUCAUUACUAUGGCAGAUUUUGAAAUUGCCCGCGCAGAUUUUAUCCCACUCUCCUUGCGAGAUAUAAAACUGGAAAAGUCUGACGUGUCCUGGGCAGAUAUCGGCGGUUUGCAUGAAACCCGUCGAAUACUUCGUGAAACUUUAGAAUGGCCAACAAAAUAUGGUCCUAUAUUCGCUCAAUCGCCACUGCGGCUUCGAUCUGGGCUUCUUCUGUUUGGGUAUCCUGGAUGCGGCAAGACUCUCCUUGCUUCAGCAGUAGCGAAAGAAUGCGGUCUAAAUUUCAUUGGCAUCAAAGGUCCAGAAAUUCUGAACAAGUACAUCGGUGCUAGUGAGCAGACUGUGAGAGACAUCUUCGAACGUGCUAGUUCCGCGAAACCCUGUGUGCUCUUUUUCGACGAGUUUGAUUCCAUUGCUCCGAAGAGAGGUCACGAUAGCACUGGUGUAACAGACCGAGUAGUCAAUCAGAUGCUAACGCAGAUGGAUGGCGCGGAAGGCCUCGAUGGUGUUUACGUUCUCGCUGCCACUAGUCGACCAGAUCUCAUAGAUUCCGCCCUUCUUCGGCCAGGUCGAUUGGAUAAAUCUCUUCUCUGCAACAUGCCGGACGUCCGUGAACGCAAAGACAUUUUAGAAGCUGUCAGUCGCAAGGUUUCCCUUGCAGCCUCGGUUGACCUCGAUGAAAUUGCGCAAGCUACCGAAGGAUUUUCUGGUGCUGACUUGCAAGCUCUGAUAUACAAUGCACAUCUUGAGGUCGUCAAUGCUGCGAUUGUGUCCUCUCCUUCGGGAAAAGAUACUGUCUCCCAACUGAAUAAGCGGGCAAUAAGAUACACCACCAUCGGUGGACACUCGAAGACUAUUAGAAGCAAAGCCGAAGAAUCAGCAUUGCAAAGAAAACUUCAACAAAUACAAGCUGCAAGCCAACCGAUACAAGAACGGGCUGAUGACCGUGUCGAUGCUGUAGCGCACAAGCAGCAGAUCAUGCAAGAUCACAUCCGCCAUGUCCUCAAGACGACCAAGCCUUCUGUUUCCACAGAAGAGCGACAACGCUUGGAUAAAAUAUAUCGUGCAUUCAUGUUCGAUCGUGGCGAUGUACCGUCUGCGCCUUCAGAUUAUGCUGGUGUAGGAAAUAGAUCUACACUCAUGUAGAUGUAAAUGAU